UGCUAUUGAUUACACAGACAAUUCACAGUUUGAUAACACUCACAAACGUUUUUGAUAUGUUUGUUUACUACGGUCUUAUCGGGUUUACCUUUAACUCAGCAACAGCCGCCGUCUAGUUUAACCAACAUAUUCCAACACUGCUCGAUUACCGAAGAGUCGCGAUCAGUUAAGAUAUCACCAAUAUCACUGGUUUUGCCGCUUAUCAACCUUCCGAUCACAUCCGUGCAGUUGCGAUUAGCAGCAUGUGCAUCCACCAGUGUUGAUAAUCCAUUCCUAUCGCGUGCAAUUUACUACACAAUCAAAUUGCUGUUAUCAACCUUAUACGGUAUCUCCCACUCUCAGUGGGCCAUAGCGAACACCUUACGGACCUGCUGUUAGCUUUUAUCGCAGUACGACCCAUAUAAAAGGAUGCAAUUUGGCUGCUAACAUCAGAAAGCGAUUGCUUUUCGUAGAUGAGACAAGUCUCCACUAAAUUACAGUUUUAAUCAUGGGACGCAUCUCACAGUUGGUAGUUGCGCUGCUUCUUGUGCUCUCGAUCGCCUCGAUCCCCGGGACGAUAGAUGCACAGGAUGUAGAAGGUCCGGUGGUGGACAUCGAAGGUCUAGGAUCAGUGUUGGGAAUCAUGGGAGAAACGGCUUGGACUGCGAGACCCAUCUACCAGUUCUUCAACAUCAGGUAUGCAGAGGCACCGGUUGGCGAACAGCGCUUCCGUGCUCCAGUCAGUGUACUACCCUGGUCCGGAGUGAUGGACGUUACUGCUCCUGGUCGCGGAUGCCCACAGUCGCGAUCAGUCACUACCGACGAUCCCGAUGCCGAGGAUUGUCUGACGCUCUCCGUCUUUUCCAACGAUCUUCUUGCUAACCGUCCUGUCAUGGUCUAUAUCCAUGGAGGUGCUUUCGUGGUUGGUUCGGCAGAGCGUUUCGGACCGGAAUAUUUGCUCGAGAAAGACAUCGUCCUUGUCGUUAUUCAGUACCGUUUGGGUACGCUCGGAUUUCUCUCCACGGGUACCGAGCGCAUCCCUGGUAAUGCCGCCAUGUACGAUGUGAUGGAGUCCCUCGAGUGGGUAUCUCGUCACAUUCGUCACUUCGGUGGAAGCCCACAGGACGUUACGAUCUUCGGUGAGUCCGCCGGAGGACACGCUGUGUCUGCAAUGCUCCACAGUCCGCAAGUGCGUGAGGAUCUCUUCCAGCGUGCCAUCAUCCAGUCCGGUACCUUGUUUAUGCCGUGGGUCAUCUGUCAGGACCCUACCGAAGGAGCGUAUGAAAUUGCUAGCAUCAUUGGAUGUCCUCUAACUUCUCCUACCGAGAUUGAUGACUGCCUCAAACAAGCAUCUGUUCGGGACCUCGUUCAAGCGCAAGACCAGCACAAGAGAAAUGAGUUCAGUUCCCCAGGAUACCCGAAGGUCGCCGGAGCUUGCAUCACCAUCGGUGGACCACUCGGGGACAAAAACUUCAUGCCCGUUCACCCGAAGGAGUCUACCUACUUCCGAGACGUUCCGAUCAUCUUCGGUAUGAACUCUCAGGAGGGUCUCAUCUUCUUCAACGAAUAUUUCCAAUAUGCCCUCAACUCACAACCUAUUGAAUUUGCAAAUCACUGGGACUUCCUGGAGUUUGUAAAAACCGUCAACGUCAAGUUUGGAUCGGGAGCCUUCGUCGAUGCAGUCGUCGGUUAUGAGCUCUUGAGCAAAGCCACCUGGGAGGAGAUGAGCCGUGCCAACUUCUCGGAACUUGUUCCGGUACUCAUUGAUAUUGCCGGAAACUUGGCUCUCAAGUAUGGGUCAGCGGAAGAGGCCAACCGAUUCGCUAAUGCACAUCCCGGAAAAGUCUACCUCUACAACUUUGAUUACGUGGGACCGCCGUCACCUAUGACGCCCGGUUUUCCAUAUGAUGUCCCGAACAGCGUCGGUCAUGGUGACGAGCUCAAGUUCCUGUUCCCCAUGUCGAACAAUCUUGGUGAUGUUCACGUGCAAAUGGCUAAAAUUAUGGUCGAUCUAUGGACAUCCUUUGCGAUUACCGGAGUACCUCAGGCCGACAACGUCAUUCCAUGGCCGACUGUAUCGAGACCAUUUGGCCCCUACCUCCGUCUAGUCAAUCCGCCGGAGCAGAAGGAGUACUUCGUGAACGAGCUUACCAACACCGUUGAGAAGGCGCGAGCUCCCAGAGAAUCGAGUGCCGUUAAGAGAUGUCUUGAUCUAUUCCUCAAACGAGAACCCAAGAACGUUGAAUCAAACAUGGGACGCCUUCAACAUUCAGUAGCUGCGCUGCUUCUAGUGCUCUCGAUCACUUCGAUCACCGGGACGACAAAAGCACAGGAUGCUCAAGGACCAGUGGUAGACAUCGAAGGCCUAGGAUCAGUGUUGGGAAUCAUGGGAGAAACGGCUUGGACUGCGAGACCCAUCUACAAGUUCUUCAACAUCAAGUAUGCAGAGGCACCGGUUGGAGAACAGCGGUUCCGUGCUCCAGUUAGUGUACUUCCCUGGUCCGGAGUGAUGAACGUUACCGCUCCUGGACGAGGAUGCCCACAGUCUCGAACCCUCUCUGCCGAAGACCCAGACGCUGAGGAUUGUCUGACGCUAUCCGUCUAUUCCAACGAUCUUCUGGCUAACCGUCCUGUCAUGCUCUACAUUCACGGAGGUGCCUUCGUACUCGGUUCGGCAGAGCGUUUCGGACCGGAAUAUUUGCUCGAGAAAGACAUCGUCCUUGUCGUUAUUCAGUACCGUUUGGGUACGCUCGGAUUUCUCUCUACCGGUACCGAGCGCAUCCCUGGUAAUGCUGCCAUGUACGAUGUGAUGGAAUCCCUCGAGUGGGUAUCUCGUCACAUACGUCACUUUGGUGGAAACCCUCAGGAUGUUACGAUCUUCGGUGAGUCUGCCGGAGGACACGCUGUGUCUGCAAUGCUACACAGUCCUCAGGUGCGUGAGGAUCUCUUCCAUCGCGCCAUCAUCCAGUCCGGAACCGUGUUCAUGCCGUGGGUUAUCUGUCAAGAUCCUACCGAAGGAUCCUACGACAUCGCUAGGAUCAUUGGAUGUCCUAUGACUUCUCCCACCGCGAUCGAUAACUGCCUCAAACAAGCAUCUGUUCGGGAUCUCGUUCAAGCGCAAGACCAGCACAAGAGAAAUGAGUUCAGCUCCCCAGGAUACCCAAAAGUCGCCGGAGCUUGCAUCACUGUCGGUGGUCCUUUCGGAGACAAAAACUUCAUGCCCGUUCAUCCCAAGGAGUCUACCUACUUCCGCAAUGUCUCGAUCAUCUUCGGUAUGAACUCUCAGGAGGGUCUCAUCUUCUUCAACGAAUAUUUCCAAUAUGCCCUCAACUCGGAACAAAUCGAAUUUGAAGAUGACUGGGACUUCCUUGAGUUUGUCGAAACCGUUAACGUUAAAUUCGGAUCAGCUGCCUUCGUCGAUGCAGUCGUUGGUUAUGAGCUCUUGAGCAAAGCCACCUGGGAGGAAAUGAGUCGCACUAACUUCUUGGAGCUUGUCCCAAUACUCAUUGAUAUUGCCGGAAACUUGGCUCUCAAGUAUGGAUCAGUGGAAGAGGCCAACCGAUUCGCUAGAGCACUUCCGGGACAAGUCUACCUCUACAACUUCGAUUACGUUGGACCACCAUCUCCUAUGACGCCCGGUUUCCCGUACGACGUUCCCAAUAGCGUCGGUCAUGGUGAUGAGCUCAAGUUCCUAUUCCCCUCGAACAACCUUAAUGAAGAGCAUACACAAAUGGCUAAAAUCAUGGUCGAUCUUUGGACAUCCUUUGCGAUUACUGGCGUACCUCAGGGUGACAACCUGAUUCCAUGGCCGACUGUAUCGAGACCAUUUGGCCCCUACCUCCGCCUAGUCAAUCCGCCGGAGCAGAAGGAGUACUUCGUGAACGAGCUUACCAACACCGUUGAGAAGGCGCGAGCUCCCAGAGAAUCGAGUGCCGUUAAGAGAUGCCUUGAUCUAUUCCUCAAACGAGAUCCCAAGAACUGAACAACGAUUCCCGCUCUUCAUACACAUUUCCCGAACCUAUCCUAACAAUAUCGAGCUAAUGGCGGUACAUGGAAUAAUAAACUAAUUAUCAAGCAUCAUAA